AUGGUUUCUUUGCUCACCAAAAAAUGGUUUCCAGUGUCAUUGGCACUUUGGACUUCAGUGACUGCCCAGAUAACCCUGAACUACUGUCCCCUGCUUGGCCCAAUCUACCCCCCUCCAACAACUCUGGCCAACGAUGCAGCCUUCAGCGCAGCAUUACAAAACAUAACAUCAACACUUAAUGAAGUAAUGACAUCGGGCAAUCUAUCUACUAAUUCAAUUUCGUUGCAAAUAUUUGAUGCAACCAACCCUAGUCCAUUGUUGAGUUUCUCUUAUACUGGCAGUGACAUCGACACUACCUUAGGCGUAAGCACUGUUGACGAAAAUACUGUAUUCCGCGUCGGAAGCGUCUCCAAACUAUGGACUAUUCUCAUGUUCAUUGCCGAAGAAGGUCUCUGGACUUUCCAGCAGCCAAUUGCGAGAUUUGUCCCCGAGUUACGGAGAGCCGCUGUCGAGCUUCGCCAUAACCGCACUCGGCGAGAAGAUAAAGUCGACUACGUGCAGUGGGAUGAAAUCACCAUCGGAGAUCUAGCGAGUCAUCUCGCAGGCAUUGGGAGAGAUUACGGUAUACUCGAUUUCAGUGAGAUGGAAUCUCGGAUGAUAGACCUGGGAUUCCCUGCCCUUCCCCGGUCACAGAUUCCCCCCUGCGGUGUGCCAGAACCAUGCAAUAGAAAACAAUUCUUUAAUGGGCUGCUUCGAAGACAUCCUAUUGUCCCGACAUCAAGAACACCGAUAUACUCAAACGCAGCCUUUCAGAUUCUGGCAUAUGCACUGGAGACUAUCACAGGCCAUUCCUAUCCAGAUCUUUUGCAGCGAGAUAUCAUUAGGCCCCUAGGCCUGACUGGGACGUACUAUGAUAGGCCGAACUCGACAAUUGGGGUCAUCCCGAGCGAACAGGGCGAGUACUUUUGGAAUAUGGACCUAGGGGACGAGAACCCUGCUGGCGGCAUCUAUUCGAGCACAAGGGACAUGACCGCGCUGGGGCAAGCCAUUCUAAACAACACCCUGGUUGCACCAUCAAUCACCAGAAAAUGGAUGAAGCCCGUCACGCACACGUCUUCCCUUGACUUUGCGGUCGGGGCCCCUUGGGAAAUCAUAUCUUUCGGUGAUAACCGGCCUAUCGAUCUCUACACGAAAUCUGGAGACAUUGGUGUCUACUCGUCGACCAUCGUCCUCUCCUCCGACCACGCAGUUGGCUUCACCAUCCAGCACGCUGGCAAGGACGGCCACGCCAACAUCGCCCUUCUCUCCGAUCUCGUCUCUGCCACCUUGCUGCCGGCCUUGGACCAGAGCGCCAAAGACCAAGCCGAGCAGCAAUUCACAGGAUACUUCGCGGCCUCCGCCGGCACCAAUUCGUCCAUCAACAUCACCACAGAUGCCGGGCCGGGCCUGCUGGUGACCAGCUGGAUCAGUAACGGCACAGACAUGUUUCAGAGUAUCAUGUCGCUCCAGGGCAUUCCUGACCCCAGCCUACUGAGCAUCCGUCUGUAUCCGACGGGCCUGGUGGCCCCGGACAUGGUCUCCUUCCGGGCUCUGAUCCCACCAACGCUGCCGACGGCGGGUCAUGGGCCGUUUACUUCGUCCUGCAUCACCUGGGUGACGGUCGAUUCUGCCAUGUAUGGCAGUGUCGCUCUCGAUGAAUUUGUCUUUAAUCUCGAUGAUCAGGGGGAUGUUGUUAGUGUCUCGCCUCGUAUUUUGCGGAUCACGUUGCCGAAGACGUGA